GGACUCCUCCAGCGGAAGCUCUCUGAGGACAGCGGUCUCGUCCAGCGGGAGAGAGGAGGGAACGCGCAGGAUUUGCUUGCGAGUCAACAGCUUCCGAACUCAUGUGCAGGAACCAGCCCGUGCAACAGUCAGGUGACAAGAUGCGCGGGGGCGAAGAGAGUGCCAAGGUGCCCUCGUCCCCCCCGGGGCGGCCGAGGCAGCAGCAGGUGUCUCGUCUGCGCGUCGUGGUCCUGGGAGCCGAGGGCGUCGGCAAGUCGGCUCUGACGGUGCGGUACCUCACCCGCCGGUACAUCAGCGAGUACCGUCGUUCCAUCGAUCUGCUGUACCGUCACACAGUAUGUCUUGAUGACGUCACUUCCGAGGUGGAGAUCCUUGACGUGUCCUUCCGAGAGAGCGAGUACGAGAGCGUCUCUCCGCGCACACCCGUUGGGCGAAGGCUUCGUGGUCGUCUAUUCGGUGGACGACCUUAUGUCCUUCCACGAGGCGCGAGUGAUCCUGGACGGCCUGCAGAGACUGAAGGCGCCGCUCUACGUGCCCGUCAUCCUGCUGGCCAACAAGAGGACCUCGACCCCGCAGACAGCAAUUUGAGCUAA